CAAUGUCACACCGGAGAAGAGGAGCGUGAACGCAUCGUAUAUACCUGAGAGAGAGCACGGGAAACGGACAAAUCCACCAGGGGACGAAAACGUGAAGUUAUCAACCUGCUUUCAGCGCCGAUGUGUGUGUGUGUCUGUGUGUGUAUGUGUGUGCGUGUCUUUCCCCAGAUGGACGUAUAGAGUCGCUAUGAUUCUCAUUGAUCUCGUCUUUUUUUAAAUGCACACAGACAGCUCUUGACAGCGCCUGGAUGUGUGUCAUAUAAUCGUUGUGUAGCAAUGUGCAAUAUGCAAUGGACUCCGUGUACAUGCAUGCACCGGUGCCUCCACAGCACACACACUGAGUGUUUGAAUGUGGACUAACAUGUAGCGGAUUGCUGCAGCGAAGUGGUUCACAGACGGACAGAGGAUCCCUUGUGAUAGAAGGCAUUUUUUCUUUUUUUCUUUGAAAGGAUGACAGCUGGGUGUUGCUGCUGCAAUGAGCUGCUUGCAGUAUUCAUAUUUUGGUUUUGAGCUGUGAGGGAACCGAGGUGAAGAUGUGUGCAAACUUGUUUGGUUUAUCUCAUCUGUGGUGUGAUAACCUUCUGUGUGACAGUGCGCGCUGCUCGGGGGGUUUCUCCUCUGUCUCUCAGCUGGACUUCAGUUGAUCCCACCGUGCAGCAGAGAGGCUUAUUCAGCAGUUCCCACCACAGAGCAGCCUAGUCAGUAGUCUGUGUCAGUCUCUGCCUGGAUGCUGGCUGGGGUCGAGCCCAAGAGCGGCACUUUUUUUGAAAUACUUUGGUCAUAUUUGAUAGUUUUCUUUGUUAAUGUUGUUGUGCGCCAGAGAAGAUAACGUUUAUAUCUCUCUGUUUGCCGUAUGGUAUUAUUUUACACGCUGAUAUUACCUGCUUCUCGCUGGUAAAUGAUGAGCAUAUCGGUUUAUUUGUGAAUAAACAAGCCGUGCUGGCACGCUGAAAGCCACGCGAGAGUGGGGCUUGUUCUCGCCCCCGUCACCUGGAAACCACAGGAGCCACGAGACUGUCCGACAGGUGUGAUCCACGCGCCAUGGAUGAUUCUGGGAUCAUCCGAAGACGGAGGCUGCAGUCAUCCAGCUCAUCCCAGGAGCGUCUGCACCAGCUGCCCUUCCAGCCGACCAUGGACGAGUUGCACUUCUUGUCCAAGCACUUUGGCAGCACAGAGAGCAUCACGGACGAUGACGGGGGCCGACGCUCGCCGCACGUCCGCCCUCGCUCUCGAAGCCUCAGCCCGGGGCGCUCUCCAUCCUGCUAUGACAAUGAAAUAGUGAUGAUGAACCAUGUCUACAAGGAGCGCUUCCCCAAGGCCACAGCUCAGAUGGAGGAGAGGCUGGCAGAGUUCAUCCAGAACUACUCUCCAGAGAGUGUUCUGCCACUGGCCGACGGGGUCCUCAGCUUCAUCCACCACCAGGUAGCUGAGCUGUCCAGGGACUGCCUGACCAAAUCACGCGAGGGGGUCAUUACCAGCGUCUACUUCUGUGAACUGCAGGAGAACCUGGAGAAGCUGCUGAAUGAUGCUUAUGAGCGCUCUGAGAGUUCGGAGCUCACCUUCGUCAUUGAGCUGGUCAAAAAGCUCUUCAUCAUCAUAUCUCGUCCAGCCAGGCUUCUUGAGUGUUUGGAGUUCAACCCUGAAGAGUUUUACCAUCUGCUGGAGGCAGCAGAGGAUCAUGCCAAGGAGGGACAAUUGAUGAAGGCAGACAUCCCUCGAUACAUCAUCAGCCAGUUGGGGCUGACCAGAGACCCACUGGAGGAAAUCGUGAGCCUCGACAGCUAUGACAGUGAGGGUCCACAUACUCCAGAGACCGAUGACUCAGCAGAGGGAAAAGGGAGAGCCAUGAAGCCACCGAGUGAAGAAGAUUUUCAGAGCAUCAAACUAAUCAGCAACGGAGCUUAUGGCGCUGUCUACCUGGUGCGCCACAGGGAGACACGUCAGCGCUUUGCCAUGAAGAAGAUCAACAAGCAGAAUCUGAUCCUGAGGAACCAGAUCCAGCAGGCGUUCGUAGAAAGGGACAUCCUCACCUUCGCAGAGAACCCGUUUGUCGUCUCCAUGUUCUGCUCCUUUGAAACGCGGAGACAUCUGUGCAUGGUCAUGGAAUAUGUUGAGGGUGGUGACUGUGCCACAUUGCUGAAGAACAUCGGGGCUCUGCCUGUGGAGCUGGCAAGGAUGUACUUUGCUGAGACUGUUUUAGCCUUGGAAUACCUUCACAACUAUGGUAUUGUCCAUAGAGACCUCAAACCUGACAAUCUACUGAUCACCUCCAUGGGACACAUCAAGCUUACAGACUUUGGCUUGUCGAAGAUGGGUCUAAUGAGCCUCACCACCAACCUGUAUGAGGGACACAUUGAGAAAGAUGCCAGAGAGUUCCUGGAUAAGCAGGUAUGUGGUACUCCAGAGUACAUCGCUCCAGAGGUGAUUCUCCGUCAAGGCUAUGGAAAGCCAGUGGAUUGGUGGGCCAUGGGCAUCAUCCUCUACGAGUUCCUGGUAGGCUGUGUGCCUUUCUUUGGAGACACUCCAGAGGAGCUGUUUGGACAGGUCAUCACAGACGAUAUAGUUUGGCCAGAAGGUGAUGACGCCUUGCCUGCAGAUUCCCUGGCACUCAUUUCCGCCCUGCUGCAGACCAACCCUCUUGUGAGGUUGGGUACAGGUGGAGCGUUUGAGGUGAAGCAGCACUCAUUCUUCACAGAGCUGGACUGGAACACUUUGCUGAGACAGAAAGCAGAGUUCAUCCCUCACCUGGAGUCAGAGGAGGACACCAGCUACUUUGAUACCCGCUCGGAUCGCUAUCAUCACAUCAAUACGUACGACGAGGACGACACCAACGACGAUGAGCCUGUAGAGAUCAGACAGUUUUCUUCCUGCUCCCCUCGCUUCAGCAAGGUGUACAGCAGCAUGGAGCAUCUGUCUCAGCUGGAGCAGAAAGCUACGAGCUCUGUGUCCCGUCGGGAGCACAAGGGCCCGCGGGAGGACAAGGUGACCAAGAGAGAGAGCCUGGGCAGCUUCAGUAUGAGAGACAAGAGCUGGAGGACCGGGUCCCCGGAGAUGAAGCGCCUGUCUUGUUCAGAGUCCCUCUACAUGGAGGGGGAUGCCAGCCCUCCCCUUGGUGCUCGCCGACGCUUCUCAGCACUGAUGGAUACACAUCGUUUUGCCUCACCCCUAGAUGGUGAGCCAGACUUCCUGUCCCGCCAGGUGCCCAUCAAGGUCCGUGGAACCUCCCUGGAUGGGACCAGCGUCCCCUCACCAAGCCUCCUGGAGCAACGGAACAGUCUGAAGGAGAUCAACGGAGCAGACAAAUCCCCUAGACAUGGAGAGACACCGGGAGUUGCCACGGCCAUCACCACAUUAUCCCCAGGUCCUGCAGCAACCGGUCGUGACAUGAUGACUCCUCUGUAUGACCCUCUGGGACCCCGGGCCACCAAUGACCUUGUCCUCCGCAGGGCGCGGCAUCAGCAGUUGUCUGAUGGAGAGAAACGCAAUUCCAGACCUGGAAACAAAGUCAUCAAGUCAGCCUCUGCCACAGCCCUGUCUGUCAUAAUACCAUCAGUGGAGCAGCAUGGCGGCUUCUCUCCGCUGGCCAGUCCCAUGUCUCCCCACUCUAUCUCCUCCAACCCCUCGUCCCGCGACUCUUCACCCAGCAGAGACUUCUGCCCGGCAGUCAGCGUGCUGCGCUCUCCUAUCACCAUCCAUCGCUCUGGAAAGAAGUACGGCUUUACUCUAAGGGCUAUCAGGGUCUACAUUGGAGACAGUGAUAUCUACAGCGUGCAUCACAUUGUUUGGCACGUGGAGGAUGGUGGCCCCGCCCAGGAAGCUGGCCUGUGUGCCGGUGACCUCAUCACCCACGUCAACGGGGAGCCUGUCCAUGGCCUGGUCCACACUGAAGUGGUAGAGCUUAUCCUCAAGAGUGGAAACAAGGUGACAGUGACAACCACGCCUUUUGAGAACACCUCCAUUAAAGUGGGUCCCGCACGCAAGGCCAGCUACAAGUGUAAGAUGGCCAGACGAAACAAGAGGACCAUGGGCAAGGACAGCCAAGACAGUAAGAAGCGUAACUCAUUGUUCCGUAAGAUCACGAAGCAGUCCAAUCUGCUGCACACCAGCCGAAGCUUGUCCUCUUUGAAUCGCUCUCUGUCCUCCAGUGAGAGUCUCCCUGGCUCCCCAACUCACAGCUUGUCUGCCCGGUCCCCGACUCAAGGCUACCGCUCCACCCCUGAGCCCUCAUACCUGGGAGCUUCCUCCCAGAGCAGCUCUCCAGCCUCCAGCACUCCAAACUCCCCUGCUCCAUCUCAGCACAUGAGGCCCAGCUCCCUGCACGGCCUCUCCCCUAAACUCCACCGUCAGUAUCGCUCUGCCCGUUGUAAAUCUGCUGGUAACAUCCCCCUGUCCCCGCUGGCCCACACACCCUCCCCUACCCAGUCUUCACCACCACCCUUGCCAGGACACACAGUGGGGAGCUCCAACACCACCCAGUCCUUCCCUGCCAAGCUCCACUCCUCGCCGCCAGUGGUCCGUCCCAGGCCCAAGAGUGCAGAACCCCCUCGAUCGCCUCUUCUCAAACGGGUGCAGUCAGCAGAGAAGCUGGGCUCGCCUCUGACCCAGUCUAGCUCUACCGGAGGACUGGGGGGUCCGCUGAGGAAGCACAGCCUGGAGGUGCAGCACUCUGAGUACCGUAAAGAUGCCUUCCUCUGUGAGCUCGGGCUCCAGAGCCUGCUGGAGACAGAAGGUGAAAAUUUGCCUCCUAAUCCUCCACCCCUGCCCUCAUCCUCAACCACCCCAGAGACCGGUGUCCUGAAGCCUGUGAGGAGACUAGGGAGACAAGAGUCACCACUUAGCAGAGAAACACUGCUGGCGGGUAGGGAGAGGGAAGAGAGGGAAAGAGGAAGGGAGAGAGAGAAAGACAGGGAGGCUGAUACCACGGCAGUCCUGGAGAGAUUGAGUCGGGUUGGAGCAACAGUAUCCCAGUCAUCCUUAACAAGAAAACCUCAUACAGGUGAGCUGCCCUUGAGCUCGCAAGCUGGCCCAAGCUCAAGACUAAGUUCAGAAACCACUAAAGCUACAACUCCUAGCACCCCCACAAAAACAACAGGAAGUCUAAUUGGCCAGAAGGGGCCUGAAAAGAGUCCGGCAGACUUAACUCCGAAACAGGAAGACCACAAGGCACCCAAAGGUAUGUUAUCUAAUAGUAAAGACCCCCGGGAGCAGCUAGGGGGCAGAACUGAACCAAAGCAGGAAGGAAACAACAAGAGUAGGCCUGGUUUACCUGGGGCUGCCUUCACCAAGAGCUCUGCUUCUACUCCUGAUAAAUCCAUCGGAAUCAAUGCGACAGUGACAGCAGGUCCUCUGAGCAUUAAUAAAACCUUUAAACCAUCAGGUAUGGGGGACAGCCUGAGGAAGGCUGGAGCAGAGAGCAGUGACUCAAGGACUCCAGACCUCGGCUCCAAAAGCCCCAAACUUCCAGCUCGCAUUCUUGCUCCCGUCGUGCCCCCACAUGGGCAGUCGCUCUCGCUGGGCAAGGUGAGGCAAGGACUUGGGUCUGUCAACUGCUACCGGGGAACCCUUGACUGGGAGGACAAAUGUCGCCUUGAGGUGGUGGAGGAACAUUCGCCUUCCCCCUCUCCCUCCCCGACUGCUGUCACCCCCUCCCUCUGUGGACCUUCACUCUGUAAGUCGCGGCCUGUCUCCCCCGGCGAAAAGACGAGCUUCGUCAGCCAGCUGACCACCGUGGCCAAAAACGUCCUCGGGCCAAUCAAGCUUGGCUCCCAGGAGGGGGCCAAGAGCAAAGACCAGCAGACUAAGUCAGCGGAGGAGAAACAGGGAGGCACAGCAGGAAAGUCUGACACUCCUGCUGGAGGUCGAGUGGUUGUUGGGGCUGCAGUCGUGACCCAAAGUCCUGCUGCUUCACCACUGGAGAAGGCUGCAACAGGUAGCAGCCAGCCAAAAAUGUGACCCCAUGGGGUCCCUAAAUGGGACUUUAGUAGAAAAAAAAGAUGCCUUUUUUGGAAGAACAAUGCAACAGAAGUCAAGCACUUAGAAAAAUGUACAUUCCAGUUUCAGAGUAUAUGAAAUGUUAUUUAUUGAUUCCAAUCAUUGACUGAUCCUAACUUAAAACCAGGAGUAAAAUAAUCUACUGUAAAGGUGCAUUAUCUGUUGAUUUUAUAUUAUAUAGUAUUUAAUAAGAAGACUUAAUGUAAUGUGGAACACUUUAUCAGAUGUAUAUGUGUGUGGGUCUAUGUGAACGCAUGUCACAUGGUUUGUACUUUACAUGUAUUAUAGAUACAAGAAAGUCAAAAAGUGCUUUACCGAUCAAAACAUGCUGAAUACUGUGAAUACCAAAUCCGGUCACUCCUUUAUUCUUUUACUGCUUAUAUCAAACAAGACAAUGAAACGAGGAGGAACUAAGGCACAGUCGGUCAAAUUGUAAUAUUUGCAUCAAACAACACGAAUGACACACAGCCUCAGUUUGGCUACGGUGGGUAAAGUGAGCAACAAGAUGAUUAAGCUCAUUUCUUCUUCAUCCAGCAGUUUACUGAGCUGAUGUGCACCGUCAGACAAAGCCAAAGCAGGCACUCUGUCAGUGGAUGUCACAUCAAGCACGGUUCGGCUCUGUCUGUCACAGGGGAUUGUGUGUCUGUGUGUGUGUGUGUGUGUGUCUGUGUGAGAAGCCACCUUGGGUCUAUUUCUGGUGGUUCUUGAAGGCCGUGUCCUGCUGCAAAGGAAAGCGAGGUUGACAGAGCUCAGGCUCAGCGCUUAUCUCCCCUUAGCAGGAGGGCUACCACAGCCCUUUCUCCCUCUGCCUCCGACUGCAGCCUACACACACACACACAGACACACACAGACUCAUGCACAAACACAUGUACACACGCUCACAUAUCCACAGGAGGCAGCAGUGUCAGCAGCUGAUUUUCAUGCAUUUAAAUCCAUACCCCCGUGGCCCCUGAAUUUAAGUGUGUUUGCAAGUGAGUGAGUUAAGAAGUGUGUAAGCGUGUGUGUGUGUGUUUUCAAGGGGUAAUUACACUCAGCACGGUUGACUCAGCAAGGGUCAUGACAGAAACCAAACUGGAAAUAAACAGACAGCAGCUGGGAUCCGU